UUUCACAAUAGACAUUUAUAUACCGUUCGACAGCCCUUUGAAAGAGCUACAUUUUGCCCUAUUUCUAUCUGAAAAAGGAAAAACUUCGAUUUUCUGCCUAAUGUCUGGCUGUAUGCCCACUGUGCAACUAUUAUUGUUGAUUUUUCAACAUUUGAAGAAGAAAGAGUAGAAUCGAAAAAGUAGUUUUCUAAUUUAAAAGUUAUUUAUAUUGAAGAUCCGCAGCGUUGAUUUCUUCGUCUUUUAUCACUACUGAAUAUAAUGAAAAUGUUUAGUGCAAUUGUAUGGCGAUUUGAGAGAAUUCUUUUAAACAAAACAAUUAAGUCUAGACAGUGAAAGAUAAAAAGGUGUGUUUAAAUUGAACGAAUAUAAAUACACACUUAUUGAUAUUUUUUUUCCAUUUCAGCAGCAUCAUUUGAACUAAACAAAAUCCUAUCACCUAAAUCGAAAACUAUUGCUAAAAAGCACAUAUUAUCUUCAAUUUCAUUAAAUUUAUCUCAGCCACCUAUUGAAUUUGAACGUAUAAACGUGAAUACAAUAAAUGAAUUGAAUAUAACAGAAACUACUACUCCUUACUCUACUGAACAUGAAUUAGAAGAUCACAAUAUGAUAACAGGUCAAUUAGGUGAAAAAUUUGUUUAUAAAUAUUUAUUAUGGAAAUAUCGUGAACAGUCAUCGAUUAUCAAAAUUGAAUGGUUAAAUGAAAAACAAGAAACAUAUUUACCAUAUGAUAUUCUGAUUAAGAAAGAAAAUGAACAAAUUGACUAUAUUGAAGUUAAAACAACUCAAUUGAAUGAUCAGCAUACAUUUCAGAUAUCUAUCGAUGAAAUAGAACACAUUCUUAAAUUACCAACGUAUUUCAUCUAUCGUGUGUACAAUAUCAAUAAUCCAUCGAUAUGUGUUGUUAAUAAUAUCAAAUAUAAUCUACAAUCUACACGUCAACUUGGCUUACAAAUGACAAUUAAACCAGUACCGCUUAAUCAACUGUCCAGUGAAUAA